AUGUUAUUAAAACGUACACUCUUCGUUGCUUUUGUAGCCUUUUCUCUACUCGCGUUAUGUCUCAACGCGACUCCACUACGUUGUAAAAUCGGUGACGAAGCAGUCGUCGAUUUAAAGGAACAACUUGGCGGCGACAUUACAUUCACUCAAUCUGCUGAAGAUACUAUAACGGCUUCUGGAAAAUUUGAGAAAGGUAUCGAAGAAAAUGAUCCCGACGAUUACUUUAUCGAAAUUGGCGGUCUUAAAGAAUCCUUUUCUGACUUGGGUAUAGAAAUUGAGGUACCUGGUACCAAAAAAUUUACGAACACCAAAGAUGGAUUUCUUAUUAAGUCACUCUUCGACCAAGAGCUCAAG